AUGAGCAAUGGAGACUGGAUGUGUGGUUCAUGCCAACAUAUAAAUUUCAAGAAACGUGAUGCAUGUCAAAGAUGCCAGUGUCCCAAAUUUGCUACACCUGCAGAAAUGACGAAUUAUGGCAUUGAUAGAACAGAAGUUUUAGCAGGCGAUUGGUAUUGUUCAACGUUUAAUUGUGGUUCACACAAUUAUGCUAGUAGAACUGUGUGUUAUAGAUGUGGUGUACCUAAAGAUUACACAACAGCUGCCAUGAUAGCAGCAUCAACUGCAGGCUAUUACACUCACGAUUCUAGUGCCCUUCCAGGUUGGAAAAGUGGCGAUUGGGUUUGCAAUAGGGUAGGUUGUGGAGUUCACAAUUAUGCAAGUAGAAUGGAAUGCUACAAAUGUAAAACACCAAGGGAAUAAGGAUGCAAGUGAGUUCAUCCAAGAGAGGUUUAUGAAGUUGUAACAACAGUUAACUAUAUGUACUCCAUUGACUCUUAUUCUUUAAUUGUAUCUACGGGAGUUAAUUGGUUCAACGAUUUGCUUAUUAUAUAUUUUCACAUUUUGGAAUCAUUGAUUUCAAACUUCAUGUAUAGAGAAAAACUCAAUUUUGUAAGUAUACUUAUUCCUCAAAAACACUUGAAUUCCGU